AUGUAUAGGAAACAAAAUAAUAAUAGGCUGACAGACAAAACACCCACACCGUUCCAUUGCGGUCCGGAUAUGGAAGAUCGCGGAAUAUGCCCCGUGGAUCCCUGCGACCCUGACAAAUGUUUUCCUGAACCUCGUGUUGUAAUAGUUGGAGCUGGUAUGGCUGGACUUUCUGCUGCAGCGAGGCUUUCUGAACGUGGCAUCAAUAACAUUGUUGUAUUAGAAGCUUAUGAGAGACCGGGUGGUCGAAUACAUUCUUGCUGGUUGGGUGACAUAGUAGCUGAAUUAGGAGCUGAAGGAAAGUCAGAAAAUUUCUCUUCUCACCCAAUUUAUUCCAUGACUUCCAAUGAAACUCCACCUCGUCCUGGAAUACCAGGAGCUGAUCAGCCACGAGGACUUUUUAAAAAAUCUGUGUCUGAAAAUAUGGCACUUCCGCCAACUAUAACCGCUUAUUAUAAAUUUCGUCAGAUUGAAGAAGAAGCUGCAAACAUUUUUUGCCUUGGUGGAAACAAACAACACGGCUCGUUGAUAAAUUUUAUGAGCCUUCGAAUCCAACAGGAGUUACAUGAAUAUCCAUUAGAACAUCAGCACUAUGCGGCAAAAAUAAUGUUCGGUCUAACUCACAUGUUACGAGCACGAUGUGGUGACGAUACAGCGAUGCUAUGUGCUGAUCAUUCAGGAUGUUAUAUGAAUAUGCCCGGUGGGGAGGUACGAGUUCCAUUAGGUUUGGUGGGUAUACUGGCACCUCUAUUGAGACAGAUACCAGAAGGAGUAAUUCGUUACUGUAAGCCAGUUAAUUGUAUUUAUUGGGGUACAUGUCAGAAGUCAGGUUAUCGUGCAACAGUAUGUACCACUGAUGGUGAAGAGUUUCCUGCUGAUUAUGUAAUUAUAACGGUUUCUAUAGGAGUACUGGGUGCUAACUCUACAAAAAUGUUUUGUCCAGCUCUUCCAGCAUCAAAAAUUGAUGCACUAAGAUGCUUAGGGUUUGGUUUUUGUAAUAAAAUUUACUUGGAGUACUGUCGACCGUUUUGGUUUUGGCACAAAGGUGAUAUAAAUUUCAAAUACAGUCCCAAUGAAUUAAUGAGUCGAACUGAUUGGACUCGUGGAAUCAGAAAAUUACAGGCAGUACCUACAAGUAAACAUGUGAUAAGCGCAUCGGUUUUGGGAAAAGAAGCUUUAAUGAUGGAAGGACUUUGUGAUAGAGAUGUAGCUGAAGGAGUAACAGAUCUUUUACGAGAAUCAUCAGGAAAUAAAUGUAUACCUUAUCCUAUAACGGUAUUACGAUCUCGUUGGGCUUCCGACCCUUAUUUUAAUGGUGCUUUUUCCUAUGAAUGCCAGUGCUCAAAUGGUCAAGUUCAGCGAGCUUUAGCUUGUCCUCUACCCGGGCCUUGUGAACCAGUUCCACCAAUUCUUUUAUUUGCGGGAGAAGCAACAGUGCCUGGUCACUUUGCAACUAUUGAUGGAGCAAAAGUAAGUGGAAUAAGAGAAGCCGAAAGAAUCGUACAACUGACAGUUCGAUUUAAAGGACCACCACUUCCGGCUACACAGUCUGUCAAUACUAAAAUGUCAUUACGUUGUAAGGCAUGAAUCAAAAGUUUGCUUAACAAAUAGAAAUGAAAAUAAAUAUUAAAUAUUUUUUUAUAAUUUUGGGCAUUCUUUAUUUUUGAUAUACAAAUGUAUCAUUUAGUAUUUCUCUGUACCUGAAUGUAAAAAAAAUAAUGUACAAUUAUAUCGAAAUAUUAUUAUAGUGCCCGGCGAUAAACAUUGCCUACCGAACUUUGAAAAGAGACAAUUGGCUAUAGUUUCAGUUGCAUAGAGCGUUGUUUCAGGCACACACUCACUAUGUAAUAUUUUGCCAGUCGUUGCUUAAGUGUGAUAGAGUACAAUCGCCUCCAGUUAAAAAUAUAUACAAAGGUUAUUAGUACCAUAAAAUUUAAAUAAUUUACGAGUUGUGUUAUGGUAUCUUUAAGAAAGAGAGAAACCUUUACAAGAUCAAUUGCGAGAAAUCAUCUUCGAUAUUUAUAAAUGUUUUGUUACCGUACCCUCAAGAUUAAAAAAAAAAAUGACGAUGAAAAUAAAAGUAAUAAUUUUGAAGCAGUUCAAAAACGAGUUGCCAGUGCCAAUGGAAUUUCACGAAGAUCUUUGAACAAUUUCAUAAACGGAGUCAAUACUGAACACAAACUAUAUUGCUAUUAUGUUCAGCACUCCGAAAAAAGAGACCAAAAAACCUUUCCGUUUAGAUGAUUGAUGAUUUCAUUAUGAUGUAACUACUAGUGUAUAAAUAAAUAUGUAAACAUGAUGUGAA